UCCCUCUCCCUUGUCUUCCUUCCUUCACCUUCAGCCUUCGACUUCAAACGUCGGCAACCUCUUCUCCUCGGCGAUUUCUCGACUCGAGAAGGCUUCUUGUUCUUACCCUUUGACAACCCCUAGGGCUGGAUCUGGUCACCGCUGGAGGGUGGCCCGGAUACAUGGCGUUCUCGGCGGAGGCGGCCAACUCGGCGGUGUCGGCGGCGCGGGGGAGCCUCCUUCACAAGUUUUCAUUUCCGAUCCUGAAGACGUGGGGGAACCAGCGGUUGUUCCGCUGCACGAGCGUGGACGGCAAGGGGGAGGCCGUCGCCGCGGGCGGCCGGAGUGCGUCCGAUGCGGCGAGGGGCGGGAUCCGUGUUCCCGAGGUGAGCGGCGACGAAAGGGGGGUCGAGGAGGUGAGGGAAAAGCUUUUCGUUCACCUGAAGGAGGCGGCUGACCGAAUGAAGCUGGCAAUUCCUCCGCCGGCGCCGCUCAAGGGCGGGGACGCUGAUAAGAAAACGGAUCGGGAAGCGGAGGCAGACGCGGAACCGUCUUCCUCAUCUAUGGCGCGGUCGUGUAAACUAAGAACGAGGCGGCGGGGACCCAGGACUCCUUCGGUGUUCGAGCGGCAAACUAGUGCGUCGCCGGUGGCGGCGGCGGAGAAGAGGCCGGUGCGGCUUAGGUCGGGAAGCAUAGCACCCGAGGAGCGGCCCAAGUUCUCGAUCACUCUCACGAGGGAGGAGAUCGAGGAGGACAUCUACUCGGUGACGGGGCACAGGGCCCGCCGGCGGCCCCGAAAGCGUCCCCGUGUGAUCCAGAAGCAGCUCGAUUUGUUGUUCCCAGGUUCAUGGUUGUCGGAGAUCACCCUCGACACGUACAAGGUUCCCGAUUAGAGGCAAGGUCUCACCUGCGGUGGUGCCAAUUCUUCCCCUCUUCUCUCCGCCGCAGAAAGCUUUCCUGGUAGUUCCGCCAUUAAUCCUCUUUCCGUUCCUACAAUUCUUAUUUCUUAGCAGUUAAUUCGGCUCUAUUUGUACUCUGCUGUUGUUAUUAUUCAAGGAAACAGACAUCUAUAAAUGCUCUCUGUUCAUCUUA